CGUGAUUUAAAAACUGUAAAAUUAAUUGAAUAUCAGUGUCACAUAUAUGAUUAUGUAUGUAUUUACUAUUAUAAAUAAAGUAUUUUUUUCAACUUAGGACAGUAGGGUUUCGAACUACGUCGAAUACGUAAGAGCAAACGUGAUAAGAAAUGCUGGACAACUGCGCCCUCUGCUGGAUGUCUUUUAAAUAACAAGGCAAGAGAACUCACUCACUGAGGCGCUGGUUCGGUAAUGUUAGAGUGCUUCGGCCUCCUUCGGGAACGUUACGGAAAUACACGAUCGUUAAACACUCCGCGACAAAGGCUUAUUGCUAAAGUACCAAAAAGACGCCUAUUGGUCACACGAGAUGCACCCAGACUCCAAUCCUGGCUGCUGAGGCGAGUCCAUUCAAUGAAUGAGCAACGAGAUGCACAAACAUUCAAUGAGGGUGUGAUGUAGAAAAACUUUCUGAGGAUAUUUCGAAAGGUUAAAACGGAAAGAUUUUGAAUAGGGUCACGUCAGCCUGCCAAUAUGAUGAAAGAUUGCCUUCAGUUCCUCAUUGAGCCAGCUAAGAAGCUCAAGUUUCGUCUCAAGGAGACACGGAAAAGAGUGAAACAAAUAAAGAAAGAGCCGUUAACAGAGAGUCAGCUGUUUAUAAUGGAGCUCGCUCGAGAACUCAACCGGAUCUGUCAGAGGUCAGAUAUUCUGGCUCACAUCUGGACCGGACAGGAUGUAUGGCCUCCGCACGCCUGUCGAGAAUUCAUUGUGGAGACCGCCAGCAUUCUGGAGAUGAAGGAAAAUACAGAGAGGCCCAUGCAAGUUUAUGCCGAUCUGCAUCCAGAAAAGCGGGACUGGAAGAGUCACUUACUGAGCAUGCUUGAGCAGGGAGGAGAGCAUGACAUGGGCCCGUAUAAAAGAAUCAUCAUGGACUGGACCAGAGGACAGCGCAACAGACACCCGCAUGGUAUUUGGCCGGGUGAGGCGGUGUUGAUGAUGUUGGAUGACGUGGAGCUGCAGUGGAAGCGGGGUCACCUGUCACACCUGCAGUCUGCCGUGGAGCUGCUCAUUGGGGUGGUUCUUGGGGAACACCUGGACAAGGAGCUCAUUCCAAGACUGUGGCUGGUACAAAAACAAAAGACCCAGAAGAUCGAUUGCACUGGCUACAUUCCACACAUUGUGUGGAACUGGAUAUGUGAUGCUGCAGUGGAGGUGACUUUUGACCCAGAGACGGCCAACCCUGCCCUUGUUCUGUCUGAGGACUGCAAGCGCAUGCAGUGCGGUCUGGAGCGGCGCGGGGUCACCUCCGGCCUGCGGCGCUUCGACGGCUGGUGGUGCUGUCUCGGCUCAGAGGGCUUCUCGUCAGGACGCCGGUACUGGGAGGUAGAAGUGGGCGACCGUGACUGGCGUCUCGGGGUGGCCAAAGAAUCAGCCCUCUGCAAAGGCUACAGACCGCUCAACACUCAGAGCGGAUACCUCACCCUCAGGCUGGAGCGGGGGUCCGAGCUUAAGGCCCUGACCACACCUCCUACCUUCUUGCCCCAGUCGUUCAUUCCACGGAGGGUGGGAGUCUACCUGGACUAUGAAGAGGGGCAGCUGUCCUUCUAUGACACCCAAAAGCGAGCGCACAUCUACACAUACAGCGAGAGGUUCACAGAGAAGCUUUACCCGGUGUUUGGGACGGUGGAGAUGGUGCGUGAGAUGGUGAUCAGGCCUGCAGAUCUGAGGGAGCGAUGUCUCUGUAAGGGACAGUGUCUGUUCUACUAGUGUACAUAACGAGCGCACAAUUCUCACACACGGACACGAAAAAAUCACAUACUAUAAAACAUUCAUACAGUAAUUGAUCAAUGCUUACAAAAAAACUAGUAGUUUGAAGGGUGCAUAGAAGGUAUUUUACAUUUUUUAGAGACGCUAAAUCUGUAAUUUCUGCACCACAAGGAAUUGUAAAAAAAGAAGUCUUGUUAAACAGUCUGCGAUUGGUCCAAGUAGGGAUAACUGCAGGCUGGAGCAAUGGGCAUGGCUAAAGCUUCGGCAUGCCAAAAGGUAGGGGCGUGGAGAAAGGUCUUUAUGAUUGGUUGACACAGCUGUCUGUCAGGGUGUGGGGGUAGGGUUAGGGGUAGUUUCAGUUGUACCAAUUCACCAGCUCCAGGCUGCAGCUACCCCUGUCUCGAUUGUUCAGACAAACAGAUAGCCCCACCCAAAACUCAUGUCUGUAGUUCUGCACUGAUGAUGUAUUUUUGUAGGCUGAUCUGGAAGUUAGCAUCACUCUGGUUCCCUUGACAAAAACCCAGUAGGAUUUUUCCAUUGACUUUUUGCUAAACAAAGCUUGCGAAGCAUUAAGGCUUUCCUCUCAACUGUAUCGCAAAAGGGUUCAUUACUCUAAGCUUUUGGAUUAUGGCAGAAAAUAAGCUCUGUGACCAACAGAAGUUUAUGAUUCUUACAUUUUGUUCAUCAUGAUAAUCUUCACAAAUGAACACAACACAACUUUUUAUGAAUUUUGAAGCCUAAAUAUAAUCACCUUAAGUGAAAAGCUAAAAGUAGGCUAUAAACGAACUACACCACGUUCACAUCACACCAUGUAGCAUACAAAAAUGCUUUUAGUCUUUAUUUAAAAACAUUUUCUCUCAAAGUUGGAGUUGGAAUAGUUUGCAAGAUUGCGAUUAUAAACAAUGAAUCUGUAAAAACGGACUAGUGAGUAGAUGAGUUUUCCUGUUCGAUGUGAUGGUUUAAUCCCCAACAACCUCUUUAGUCCGUUUUAGCCACUUGUUAGCAACUGCCUUUUUCAAGACAAGUAAAAGCUUUAAAAAAUCACAA